AUGAAUAGAGUAGUAGAUAAAAGAAAAAGAAUAAAUGAUGAGGAAGAAAAUAAAAAAGUAAAUAAAAAUGCAAACAAAAAAAUUAAACAUAAAGCAGAUAAAGGAGUAAACGAAGAAGUAAGUAAAAGAGUAAGUGAAAUUGUAAUUGUAAAGAUAAAUGAAAUUAUGAAUAAAGAAGUAGAUGAAAUUUUGAGUAAAGAGAUAGAUGAAAUUAUAAGUAAAGAAGUAAAUGAAAUUAUAAGUGAAAAGUCUGCUUUAGGUGAAUAUAAUUCUCAACAUAUUUUCAAAAUAAAACAAAUAACAGCACAUAAAAUCUAUUGA